CGACAUGUCCUCAUCAUCUGCUAUUGCUGCCGCUGCUGCUCCUGCCUGGCCACAGUGAAUAAAAAACUAAAUAAAUAUUAAUAAAAAUAGUUGAAAAAACACUUACAGCACGACAAUUCAAGUACAUAAAUAAAUAAUAAACAAACAAAACACACACACUAGCGCACAAGGAAUUGCAGACAACUAAAAAAAAGAAACGAACAAUUUUUUUGUGUGUGUUUUUUGCGAAUAGGCAAAAGGCGUUGCCAAAUCAAAAGCAGCAGCAGCACACAGAUUGUUGCUACGAAGAAUAAAUAUUGAAAUUUAUAUUAAAUGAAUCAUAACUUAAACAAAACAGGCACAAAGUAACUAUUAUAAAUAUUUAUAACUGCGAAGCGCAAGAAAACUGCAAGCAAAUAAAUUAUUCAUACGCACCGUUAAACAAAAGCAAAAGCAAAAGCAAACGCACCAUAAGUGAAAUUUUCAAGUGACAUUGUGAAAGGCAGCCACAUUCCAGGCUGCAUUAAUAAAACAUACAACAAUCAUAUAGCAUAUAGGAUACAAAGGAUAAAAGGAGUCGGCACAGGAGGUGCUCUGCCUGUUCUAUUAUUUAACUGCUUACAACAGACGUUUUCAACUGGACGAAAGCUGAUUGAAAGCCGCUUUCAACAACAGCAUCCGUCGUUCACUAAUACUAAAAGAGCGCACAAAACAGUGAGAGAGAGACAACGUGUUGGCGUAUGCCUGUGGGUGUGUGUGUGCGUGACAGUAGCAGCGACGUCAACGUCAAUCCGCUCAAUAUUUAUAUUGCACGAGACCAAUUCACGAUUCACGCUCAAACUCAAACUGCUGACAACUCAGACGCAGACGCCACCAGAGGUCCUGGGUAUCAGAGUGUGGCUUUGGUUCAUCUGGUGCCUGGUCCAGCCGCAGCACCAAAAUAAAUAACAUCUGACAGCUGCUGCUUGUCGCCUGCUCCAGCUACAGCUACUGCGCCCACACCAGCUCGCGUCGAGUCAAGUCGAUUCGAGUCUCCAGUGCAAAAUUCGCACAGGCCUAAGCAAUACACACAAGAUAAACAAGCUACAGCUGUAACUGCAAUCUACUACAAUCAAGCACAACAAACUAGCAAUAACGGGAUAAACACACGAAAAUAAACAACUAAAAAACACGCAAUGGGUGCCAAGGAAAGUGUCGAGGCAGCCGUCAAAAUGAAUGCCGAUGGCUGGGGCCACGUGGAGCGCGGCAGUCGCUACCACGGCCAUCGGCAUAAUCAACGUUCGCAGUCGCUAAAUCGCGGCCAGGCGCUCUCGCAGGCGGACGUGAGCGGCAUGUGGUGACAUCGGGGUGCCUCUGG